UUCUUUUGAGAACUUCAAUCUGUUUUGACGUUGCGUUCACGUGUUGUGAAGAUGUAAAAAUAACCAAGAAAGGCUUCCUCAAAGAGUGGACUUCGUCAUUCACAUUAAUGUACAGCAUUGGAUUAGACAUGUUAUUCUGUCUACUCGCAAGAUGAACGUCGAAUUUCUCGUUGCUGUUUAUGCUCAGUUCUUUUGUUUUCAGAGGUGAUCAAAUCCUUCGUUUUACAACCUGAGCACUUGAAUUUAAUGGUGAAGAGAGCUUGAAAUUGAUCACAGCUCUUGAUUAAAGGGUUGAGCUGCAUUAAACACUGAUUUCAACGUGCAAAUUCUCCCUGCUUCCUGUAGUAGUUUUCAUAGAAUACCAGUUAAGAGAAUAUAUUGUAGAUUACGAGCAUUGAUCUUUUUCAUUGGAAAAUAGAAAAUUCAAGUUGCCGUAUUGUAUGCCAGACUUUGUAUAGGCGAUGUUAAAUGAAAGUAGUGUAAAUGUUGAGUCAGUAAUACUAUGGAGAAAGUUCUCCGCACUGUUUGAAUGUUCCGUUUUGGUAAAUGUUGUGUAUACUUCACCCAGCGGCUGUGCCUUUGUUGGCGUAGCAACCAUUUUGAAUUUCAAAAGCGCGACCAGUUGGUGCAAAGUCUGGAACUAAAAAAUUCCGAGGCUCGAGGAGCCAAAACAUUCAGGAAAUUUUGGUUUGGAGGAAAAUGGUAAACGUUUAUUCCCGGAAAAAUGGGCACUUUGAGAUCUUAAGUAGAAGUCAGUUCCUUUUCUUUCAGAAAUUUUUCUGUGGGGCGAACCAAAAAAGUGUUUACUGUUUUCUUCCGAGCCAAAAUUUCUGGUAGUUUUAACUAAAUUUAGUAGUUUUAACUACCAGAAAUUUCUGAGUUCAAAGACUGAACUCAGAAAAUUCAGUAAUUCUCGAACAUACGAUCGCCUGCAGAGAGCGAUACACACUGUCUGAGCAAUUUUUUUUAAUUACAAUGGCCUCAACAAAGAAGCUGAGAUAAUUAACGCUGGUAAGAUUUCCAGCUUGAUGCUGUUAAAGAUGCUGCUAUAUUUUGUAACCACAACUAGCUGCCAGAUGCUAGUCUUGCCAGUACUCCGAGCUCUUUUUUCCAUUGACAGCGCAUGCAGAGACGUUUUUGAAAAUGAUAACGCGUAAUGCAAACGCGCGCGAGACGCAUUUACCUGUGCGUGAACUGUUCAACGACUUUCCCGUCACAAUUGACUGUGAAAGUCGAGUUUUAAAAGUCGUCCAGCCGCUGCUAUUUUGAAGAAACAAUAUGGGUAUUCUACCAGGUGGAGUAAUAGCACAGAUACUAUCUUAUCUCCAUCCAAUAUACGAAGACCUUCAACGAUAUUGCACGAUAUGUCGAGGGUGGCAGCAUAUCCUCCAAAAUACCGGACUUCUGUGGAGACACAUCCACUUACAGGACGAUCGAGACGCGCAACAGGACUUCAAGGAUGAUUAUGCGAGUAUAUUGUGCCUGUGUUUUAAAAGAUAUGGUCAUUUAAUGCAGUGCAUCAGAGCAGAAGAUCAAAUGUUUUUCACUCGCGUUGAAGUAAGACGAUUACUUACGGCGCUUCCGAACUUGACGAGGCUUGAUGUCCCGGUGCUCUCUUGGAGUAGAGUUUUCGGACAGUCUUUGAAAAGUGCGCCAGUGUUAAAGUUCUUGACCAUAGAUGACUACAGAGCUCAUGUGAGAAGACGUUUGCAGGUUGGCCACCAAUGCCUUCGUAUCCACAAGCGCGGAAUACGGGUGUGGGAUUUGCGAGUCCUUGCUCGGCAGUUUACUUCAUUGGAAUCCUUGACUUUAAAUAUCAACAUAUUCAAACUUUGUUGGCACAGAAUUGUUCCAGUACUAGAUAAACUUAACCUGAAAGAGCUGAAUCUUGAAUGUGCUCCUUAUGGCAUGGACGAACUUCUCAUUGAGGACAUUGCGUCUCUUCCUACGAUCAAAGCUCUGAUGAACUCUCGUCACUCCUCCACUCUUGCAAGCCUUGAUUUACACUAUCUUCCUGUAAGUUUCGCGGACCUGGUGAGUUAUGUGGAAAAUUUCAAGUGUUUGAAGCAGCUUUUUGUGGCCGUUACAGACGUAACGAACAAUACCGCGUCAGAUUCAUUAGUUCUUAGAUCGGAUAGCCUCGCAACGCUGUUUCUAACUGGUUUACCAAGUAUAAAUGUGACGAGUUUAAAGUGCGUACUUCCUAGCUUAGAAGUUCUUCUCAUUUCGGAAUGUCAUUAUCUGACCUCGGUCGAAGUCCAUGCGACAAAUGUCCUCUCUUUUAUUCUUCAAGGAAACUGUGUCCUGUCUAAAAUCAAAGCUUAUUGUAAGAGCAUUCAUGACUUACUGAUGUACGAAUGCCCCGCCUUCAAGGCAGACUCGUUUUUCGAUUUCUUGUCAGAGUGUUUGAACAUUAAACAAAUGGAGCUUUCUGUCGAUUGGAGCGUCAUCGAAUUGGACCGAGAGCACUGCGGUAGCCUUAAACAGCUGACAAUCCGUGACGUAUCCAUGAGUCUCUCAAAGCUCAAAGUCGUCUGUCCCAAACUGGAAUACUUCAAAUGUUCUGGAGACGUUUGCCCCGAAAAACACAGGAACAAUAGACACGUGGCCGGCAGCGAUAUGGAGAUCUGGGCUGAUUCUCUGAAGAAGUGUCAGAUUUCCGAUGUUGGAUGCGCCAAUCGCAUCGCUGUCCACUGCAUCGAGGCUGAAAUGAUUCAAAUCACGGGCAUACAGCCUUGGCAGAGACCGCUGAUCGUGGAGCUCAAUGCAUCGCGGCAUGUGGACACGGUGUAUUUGACGGGUUUGACUCUUAGUCUGGUCGUCAUUAACUCCACUGAUGUGUUGGGCACGUGAUCAUAGAGAAAUGCUCUCUCGCAGACAAGAAAAAGCAGCGCAAUAUGCGAUUCAAGUGCAGGACAGUUCGCGCGCUACGACUCCUGCGCUGUUCUGGUAUGAGAAAAUUUACUUUGCACGUCUCUUGUGUAGAGAACCUGGCUAUAGACUCUUGUUCCAACCUUCGAGAUCUUGAUGUGAGCGCGUCAAAGCUACACCGGAUUCGAAUUUGUAACUGUCCUUACUUGGAGCCCAUAAACCAAAUCGUUCAAUUAAAUCAUGCGUGAUUUUCUUUCUGUAAUUGAUGGAUAUGGGAAUGAUUUGAUAGGUCCGGGGAAUUGGAAUGCGAGUGCCCCAUUUUUAUGUUUCUUCUGUUGAGACAGAACGUUCUAUGCAUGCUAACUUAUGCUGGGUGUAAUAUCCCCCGACAU